AAUUUGUAAGAAUUAAGUCAUUUAUUUAUUUACAUAGCCAAAAAAACGGACAGCCCUCUGAGGACAACCCAUUUAAAAGAUGACUGUGAUGAAAAACAGUAAUUAGUUCCUCAGUUAUUAUUUGAAGAGCUUUUACAGAGUGAAUGUUUGAUGGAACUAUAAAAGAUCUUGAAGGCGAAUUUUAACGGAGCAUUAUUAGGGCAGACGGUCAGUGAUCUUCUGUGUGCGGAUGCACUGCGCGCUUCGCUUUCUGAUGAGGCAUCCUCGGCUCUUCAACACACAGAUCCUGUAAAGAUGGAGUUUAGCGAGAGGAAAAGAAGAAGGAAAUCUCAGAGCUUCAAACUGGUCCAUGAGCAAGAGCAAGAUUUUGACGCAAGGAGUUUUGACAAUGCCGUCAAUAUACAUGUCAAUGGAGCAUCAAAAGAUACUGCCAUGCCAGAAGCCUGGUUGGGUGAUGAGGGUGUGGAGAUUAAGAGACAGAUCACAGGCAUGAUGCGUUUGCUGAGUGACAAGGCCGGCCGGAUGUACCAGCGUGUGGGAGCAGAGGGAAACAGCCUCAAACAGGAGCCCCAGGAGGAGCACCUGAGCUGGGCGCAGCCGGCUGCUUUGUCCCCAGACCUGGAGGACCCCCAGGUCUGGAGCUCAGCAGGGGAAACAGAGCCCAGUCCCAUGUCUAUACCCAAUCCAGUCCCCAACGGCCAGGGGUCUGGAAAAUACGGCACACGCUCCAAGACCCAGAGGAUGCUCAACACAACCACCAAAGGCACAGUCAAAACUAAUGAUGUGGCUCCUGCAGUGGUAGAGGCUCCCUGCUGUAUGUGUAACUGUAAGAGCACCUUACAGGCCAUUCUACAGGAGCUACGCACCAUGAGGAGGCUAAUGCAGACACAGAAAGGUUCCCAGGAGAAGCAGGAGCACAGGGUCCCUCCCUGCCCCCCUUGCCCUGUCCCUACAGCUCCGCGUCGCAGACCCCGCAAGAGACGUCCUGUCCACAAGGUUGCUCCACUGAGCGCACCCAGCAAGAGGGCAGCUGUUCCCCCUCUCCCCCCCUCAUCCCCUGCCUGUGUACCCCUGGAGUCCGGGGGAAGGAGGGAGAGGGGGAGCAGAGAGCUGGAGAGACCUGUGCACACCCCUGCCUCACCUUCUACCUCCACCUCACCCGAGCUCUCCAUUCAAACCCUGUCCAUGCAGAACAAGCCCAUCCCUGGUGACGACACACACAAUCCUAACUAUAGACAACCCAAAGGUCUUCAAUCCUCAGAGAGUGAGGUGCGUCUAGCGGAGGACUAUGAGGUGUUUAUUCCUAAGGCCCAGCUGGACUCAAUCCUGGUCAACUACACACGCUCUGGAAGCCUGCUCUUCAGGAAGUUGGUGUGCGCCUUCUUUGACGACACCACGCUAGCUAACUCACUGCCCAACGGCAAGAGGAAGAGAGGUCUGAACGACCAAAGGAAAGGACUGGACCAGAACAUUGUGGGAGCCAUUAAAGUGUUUACAGAGAAGUACUGCACAGCUCACAGAAUAGAGAAGCUGCCAGGCCCUCGAGAUUGGGUCCAGAUACUACAGGACCAGAUCAAACUUGCCCGCAGACGACUAAAGAGAGCAGAGGCUACAGACCCUCAGGACAUCUUCAACAGACCGUGCACAGAAUCUCUUCAGCUGUCUGGAGAGAGGGAGGAGAGGGAGUUUCUAACAACAGGCUGUGACUACAACAAGCCAGCAUGUUUGGUUAAGGUGGGGAAGAAUGUGACUGAUUGAUUCCGGUGCUGUGAAUCAACAACUUGCAAUGAAGAUACAACGCACUGUACUUUAUGUCUUUGUUGCUCCACUAACUUGAUGCGUUGUGCCACUUUAGAAAGUCCAUUUUGGAAGAUGUAUUGUUCUUUUACAGCUAUGUCAAAAUUGUAUUGUGGUUGUAGAGAAAAAAACAGAACAGUGACCAAAAUAAGUUGGUUAGUGAAAUGUAGUUAGUUUCCAUGGACUGUUUUGUUUUACAUAUGCACACCACAUGCACACACACAGACACACACAGAAAUACACACACACACACACACCAGUCUGACCAGUAUAGUCUAGCUGGUUCUGCUGGCUGACCAGCAAAGUCUAGCUAGUUAUGCUGGAAGAGCAGCAUGGUCUAGCUGGUCUGACCAGCAUGGGCUAGCUGGUUAUGCUGGCAGACCAGCCUUCGAUGUGUUUUCACUGGUGACCUACCUGCAUUGUGUUUUUGCUGGUGACCAGCCUUCGCUGUGUUUUCGCUGGCAGACCAGCAUCUGUUGUGUUUAUGCUGGUGACCAGCCUUCGUUGUGUUUUCGCUGGUGACAAGCCUUCAUUGUGUUUUUCGCUGGUGACCAGCCUUUGCUGGGUUUUGGACAGUGGUGAUCAUUGAAAAACAUGCUAGCAGAUACCCAGAGACAUAAAAAUGGUAUCCACAAGUUCAUCUGACUCUGGGGAAGUAGAUAAAGGGGCUCAUUGCCAAAAUGUUCAUGUAUCCCUUUUCACGUAUCUUGUUCGAAACAAGAUUCAUGUUAGAAAUGAGAGGAUCGUCCAGAGUCGAGGUCAUGUGGGAAACACUCCCAGCAACAAGCAAAUGCUAUGUGUCUGUCUAAGUAAUGCAAAAAAUACUAAAUGUAGAGUGGAAUUCCACUUAAUUUUACCAACACAAAAAGAUUCCACCAUGUCGAACGAACAAAUGAUCUGUCAGCAUUUAUAAAAUUGUACUGAAACUACCUGUUUCCUUCACAGCUGACGUGAUUAUUUUUUUUAAUAAGGUAUGACUUUACCCACAUUAAAACUGGAUGGAAAUGUGGUAACUGACAGUCACUCAAUUAUCCCAUGUCAACCAACAUUUUUUAGACUGCUAAAUUAGUCUAGCCAGCUAUCUAAACUUAGUAAUCAUGGUUGAAUUACAUGAUUUUGUUUAUCACUCUCCUCAGAUAUCAUAUUAAAAACUGCAUUUCUCUCCACCCUAUGGAAAAAUGUGAAGAUUUGCAGGAAAUUAGCUGUUAAAUUGUAAAAUAUUUUAUAUGCCCAAUGGAAAAAUAUGUAGAGUGGCAAAAAAAAAUUUCAGGAAAUUAACUUCAGUUUUUUUUCUCCUGUCCAGCGGGGACACUAAAAUGUUACGGCCGGCUUUGACUGCAUAUGUGGGUAUGGAUGUGGUUACGCAGACCCGCAAGCCACUGUGGGCCCCUCAUGAUGAGUUCAGAUUUUUUGUGGCCCCCACCCCGACCCAAAGUUGCCCAUCCUUGGUUUAGGUGGUUUCCUUUGUCCAAUUCUCCCUACCUUGGCAGUCAUUCCAAAUGCAGGUUGAAAAUUCCAAUUGCUGGCUGGAUAUUACAUAUCACUUUGCAAGCCAGCAUAAUGUGACAUGCCUGUUGUGCCUGUUGUGGCCUGCAAACCAGGAGUUUCAGACCACUGUGUUAGGGUAAAACUAGGCUGUUGAGGUAUAGCCUUAUGAUACCGUAUGUAAUGUAUUAUCAUGAAGGGUAACAUUUUAAGGGUACUAUAUUCACUUAGGCACUCACUUGGUGAAAGCUACUGGUUUGAUAGGAAUUAAAUACAAAACCAUGUUUCUGUCACUAGCUAACACAGUCACGGUGACUCACGGGUGGUAAUUCCAAUGUUCACUAACUGGCACUCAUAUUUGCCCACAUUUGCAUAUAUCCCAGUGUGCUAAAAGCAUUAAGUCCAGAAAAUGUAAAUUGCACAAUUAUAAUACAAUUCAAGUUUGACCAUUUUUAAAAUUCCAAUUCCAUUCAUUGGGAUGUUUUUAUUUUCCAAUUCCAAUUCAAUUCCAAUUCCAUUCCAAGGAUGGUUUUGUUCUUCAAUUCCAAUUCAAUUCAUGUUCAGACAGUCUAAAUCCAAUCCAAUUCCAUUCCAAGGUUCAUGUUCAAUUCCAAUUCCGACAAUCAAAAUUCUAAUUGAAAUCAAAUUAAGUUGUUUGAAGAUUGCUGCAAUUCCAAGUAAAUUCUCUACUUCCUGCUUGAAUUUGAGCAUUGAAUUUGAAAUACAAUUGGAAUUGACCCCAAUCCUGCUGGUCACCCGCGAAAACACAACGAAGGCUGAUCGCUAGACUGUGCUGGUCUAUGCUGUUUUUUUCAGCAGGGUUGUUGUCUCUUUAUGACUGUUUAUCUGAAAACAAAGGUGGAUAACUUCCUGGUAACUCUUUGUUUUGCACUUGUAAAGUCCCUCAGUCCUACAAAAUAAAAACAACAUCUCUUCCAGGUGACAUCUUUGAACUUAUGAACCUCAAAUGUACGGAUUGCGCCUUUUAAAAUAGUUAUGGUUUUGUAUACCAUGUAGACUGUAAUGUGUUGUCUUAAUGGCAUUCUAACCUGCCACUCACUAUGCACCUCAGUGCCAUUUAUGUUAUUAAUGUGACCAAUAGGACAGUACUGUUUUUAUUUGUGUUCACUGUGCCACCUGCCAACACCUUCAUGUAAGGCUCCUUUGUGUACAUGUACAGUUGACUGUGUAUAAUACAUAUUAAACUAAAUAUGAUCUGA